AUGGUUGAACAAUCGGAAGAAGAAAAAGUGAAUAAUUCAUCGUCUUAUAUAUCUGGUAUGUGGUUUUCAGAAUCAUGUACUGUACCAAAGGAUAUUAUUGAAUUUGAUUAUUCUUUUGGAUACAAUUGUAAAAAACUAUUCAAUUUAUGUUUAAUUACGGAUAAUGUAUUAGUUUUUUCGUCUGGAAAUUAUAUUCAUUACUAUCACAUAGCAACUAAAGAAUUGAAAUAUAGAAGAAGUGCUAGCGGUGGUGGAAUUGGUUUCAUUUUAAAAAAUCCAAAUCCAAAAUUAAAUUAUUUAACAAUUUGUGAAAAUGGAAACAAUCCAUUAAUAAUUAUAUACAAUUAUCCGAGUAAUGAUAUUAUUGCAACAUUAGAAGGCGGAGCAGAUAGUUCAUAUACAUGUGCAAAAUAUAGACCUGAUGGUGAAUUGCUUGCAACACAAUCUGGUGAACCAGAUUAUAUGAUUACAAUAUGGAAUUGGAAAGAAAGUAAAAUUAUUUUAAGAUGUCAAUCAUAUCAGAAUGAUGUUUUAAAUGUCUUAUUCUCACCAUAUAAUUCAAUAUUAUUAACAACAUGCGGAUUGGGGCAUAUAAAAUUUUGGAAAAUGGCAAAAACUUUUACUGGUCUUAAAUUACAAGGUGAUCCUGGUAGAUUUGGUAAAACUGAAAUAACUGAUAUCUAUACAAUUUAUAUGUUACCCGAUGAAAAAGUUAUAUCUAGUUGUGAAUGGGGAAAUCUCUUAUUAUGGGAUGCUGGUCUCAUUAAAUUGGAAGUUUGUCGAAAAAAUCGAAAACCUUGUCAUAAUGGACCAAUUACAUUUUUGAAUAUGGAUAAUGGUGAAUUAAUGACUGCAUCAUUAGAUGGUUACGUUCGUGUUUGGUUUUGGGAAACUGUUGAAUUAUCAAAUCCACCAGAUGAUGAUCGUUUCGUUGAAAUCGAACCAAUUUAUGAAUUCAGAAUUGGUGAUGAUAAUCGUUUAUGUGAAAUAAGAGAUUUAAUUAAAAUAAAAAUUUAUGAUCCUCAAGAUUGUAGCUAUUAUGUUCAGGAUGGUAAGGGUGGUAUAUGGAUUUGUUGGUUAGAUAAAAAUAAUAUACCUGAAACACCCCGCCUCAUUUAUUCAUGUCAUGGGGGCGAAAUUAUGUCGGCUGACACAAGUCCUAUAUCUCCACAUAUCACUACGAUAGGUGCUGAAGGAAGAUUGCAUUUUUAUAACUAUGAAAAAAAAGAACUACAAUUCACCAAACAAUUUACUUAUCCUGGAAGUGAUUUAGUAUGGUUGCCAACAGUGCUGGACUCAAGUGGUUGCGUUAUUAUUGUCGGUUUCGAAGAUGGUAUUAUUCGAGAAUUUGUAAUAGAAUUUGAUUCAAAUUUAACAACGGUAAAAAAUAUUCAUUUAAUUGAUGUUAUCAAACCGCAUAAUAAAGCAAUCACUAAAAUUACUACAAAUUUAAAAAAAGGAAUUUUGAUAUCUGGGGCAAAAGAUUAUACAAUUUUUGUUCAUGCAAUUAUAAAAGAUGGAGAAAGUUAUGUUAAAUUAUUACCAAUAGGUUUUGUGAAAUUAACUUCGGUUCCGACAGCUUUCAAUUGGGAUGACGUUGAUAAAAAGUUAUUAAUUGGGACUAAUUCUGGAGAAAUUUUUGAAACAGAUUUGCCUAAUGAACCUGGUGAUACGGAAAUUACAUACGCUUUAUUUGAUAUUCGAAUAAAAAAAGCAACAUUUAAAUCUGUAAAAAGUAAAAUUCGGCGGGAUAUUCGCUUAAGAGAAAAGGAAAAGAAAAAAGCAGCCAAAAGGCAGAAAAAAGUAGAUGAGCUGAUGAAGUCAAAGGAAUUAAGUCCAGGAAUGGAAACCGACUUAAAUAUAAUUAGCGGUAGGGAGGAUUCUGAGGAGGAAGAAGAAGAACCUCCACUUUAUUAUCCGCCAAAACCAAAUUCUAUAUUUUGGUUAAAGUACACUCCAACAGAAACGGUAUGGAUCUCAGUAGCUGGAUAUGAUGCUGGUUAUAUAUAUGAAAUUGACUUUGACAAAGAUGAACCUGAAAAGAGUACAAUGGUAGUUGAUGGAGAUGAUACUGAAAUUUAUUGUUGUGAAUUAAUUGAUGAAUAUUCAGUUUUUGCCACACAGAAUGGUUUAUUACGUAUAAAUUCAAUUAAACCAAACAAUUUUCUUGAUUUAACUGACUAUUGUUUGCUAGGAGUACAUGAUAACAAAAUCGCACGUGUUUCAAAAAUAUGUAAAAGUUGGGAUGGAAAAAAAAUAUUUACUUGUGGAUAUGAUGGAAAUAUAUUCUCAUUUCAAUGGAAUGGCUCAGUAAUGCAUGAAUCCCUAACAUCAAAAACCGAUUAUAUUCCGCCAAAUGUUGUUAAAGAUAUUGAGGAUAUUAAUUAUCCUUCAUUAGAAGAGCAAAAAAUUAAAGCAGAAGAAGACAAAAAAAUGAAAAUAAGAAAUGAUCGUAAAGAAAAAAUGUUAGGUGUUGCAGCUAUUUAUCGAUUUCAAUUUAAAGAUGUUAUAAGAAGAAAUAAAAUGAUUGCUCCAUCUCAACAGUAUAAAGACGAGGAAUUAGAUUUAGAUGAAAGAAUAACCAAUAAUUUAAAAUCAACUCGUAAAAAAAAGGUAAUGGAUUAUUUUAUAACUCCUUUGGAACAUAUGCCAUUUGAAAUUCAAGGAAUAGGAAAUGAAUUGAAAUUUUUAAGGAGUGAAACAGUUGUGAAAUCAUUUCGAAUUAAAAAAUUGAGUCCCGAAAUUGAAGAUAUUAAGAAAGAGAUUGAUAAAAGAUUAUUACUAUUAGGAGACAGCACAAGUGCUAUGGAUUUAUAUGAGACAGAAAAAAGUUUUGACAUUAGUAUGCCAGAUCCACCAGAAGAAACAUUUUUUUUAGGUUUAAAUCCUGAUGAUAUAAUACCAAAAUUUCCACCAAAAAUGUUGCGUUUAUUGGAACGUUAUAGAGAAAGGAAACAGCAUCAAAUGUUGCGUUAUGUAGAUUGGGAGAAAAUGAAUCAUAAAAAACCGAAUCCAAAUAAAAAUCAUAUUGAUGAUAUUAAAUCUAUUGCAGAAGCUGAACGUUCAAUUGGUGAUUACAAAUUGAAAACUGAUCCGGAAUAUGAACCUAAAUCUUAUGAUAAUGUUCUAAAUAAAUAUAAAGAGUUAUUAAGAGCAAGAGAGAUGUUAUACAAAAAUAAAAAAGAAUUCAACAAAAAAUUAUAUGAAUUGAGAAAACGUAAGAAUAAACUUUAUAAAUUAAUUAAAAGUAAGACCGAAGAAAUUAAAUUAAUUCAUAUGUAUAUACCGGAGAAAAAGAAAAGAAAUCUUCCAAAAAUAAAUGAUAUUGAUUUUACAAAAGAAUAUCCAGGAGAUAGUUUAAUUGAGCAUGUGAAACCUGGUACAGGGAUUGAAAUUUCAGAUUUAUUUAAAGAUGAAAAAAUUUCAAGUAGCUUAAUUAAUACCUCGUCAUUAAUUGAUUUAACUUUAUUGAAAGAAACAAUGACUGAAGAAGAUCAAACGGAAAAUUUUCGUCGUAUAGUUAUUGAUAUUAGUGAAGUAAAGUCCAUAUCAAAAAUUGAUUCAAUAAUGAACGAUUCUCCAACAUGUUUGGAGUUUUCAGAUAUAAUAAAAUAUAGUUCAACAAGUGAUACUCCAUGGGAGUUAGAGAUGAAGUAUCAAAUGGUAAUAAAUAAAAUAAUUGAACAAGAUGAAAUUAUAUCGGAAGUCACAUAUAAAAUCAAAGAAUUCGAUGAUAACUUAUUAGAAUUGGGUGAAAGUAAAUUACAAAUUGAAGUUGAUUCAAAAUUUUUAGAGAUAUACUUAAUAACUUUAAACGAAGAACUAGUUAUUUUAAAAGAUUGUGAAAAACUUGAAAAUGAACUAUCAUCAAAAGCGCUUAAAGCUAUGAGCGAAAGGAAUACUUUGAAAACUUAUAUCGAUGGAUUAGCUAAAAAUAUUGAUAGCAUUAAGAAACAAUACGACAAGAUGAAUGACCAGAUAAGACAAAUUUCUAACAAUUUUAUGGGACUUAUUAAGGGAAAUAAAUUUUGUGAUUUUUUAAGAAGAAUAUUUAAAAAGAAAUGUCGGUCUCGUAAAAAGGCGGUUACUAACAAUAAUGAAUCUCAAUCAGAUUCUUCUUCAGAAUCAUCAAUAGAGGAACGAAAUGAUGAAAGUUUAUCUUCUUUUGAUAUAAUACCAACACGGCUAGAUGAGAAUGUUUGUCCACCAGGUUGUGAUAGAAAACUUUACGAUUUGGCAUUUAAAUUGCGAAAUGAGAGACAUGAUCUUGAAGAAGCUAUACAUGUUCAAUCGAAAUUAAGGGAUGAAAAACAAAAGGAAUUAAACGAUCGAAGAACAGCAUUAACAAUAUCUGAAUCAGUUUUCGCAAAAGAAAGAAAAAAAUUAACGGAUUUUCGACGUCAAAAGCAGGCAUUAUUAAAUAAAAUAUCAACAGUUGUUAUAGUCCAAAUGGAUCAACUCCAAUAUUUAAAAGAAAAAGAAAAUAUUAAUAACAUACCAAAAACUUUACUAUUUAGUUCUGAUAAUGUUUUUCAAUUAUAUUCAAGAGUUGGCCAAUUAGAUCUUGAAACCUUAGAAACCAAAAGAAUUCAUCGUAUUAAUAUUAUACACCUAACAAGAAUGACUACAGACUGUAAAUACAUGAAUCGCCAAAUACAUUUACUUCAAGAAAAAAUUCAACAGGCCAUGUUUCGUAAAUUUGGUUGCCAACUAGAUGUUAAUCAAUUAGAAGAAGAAACAUUAAGAAGAUUUAUAUUUCAAUUACAAACAACAUUAGAUGAAGAACGAAAAGUUAUUAUGGGACACGUAGAAGAAAAAAAAAAACAAUUGAUUGAACUGGAAAAAACUUUGAAUAGAGAAAUUCAAUUAGGAGCCGAAAAAUAUAACAUUUUGACUAUCUUGCAAGAAGAAAAAAAUAUUUUAAGAGAGGUUUUAAUUUUACAAAAUAAAAAUUUUGAAAAGCAAACCAUAAGAACUUCACCUGAUUUUCGGCAAGAUUUACAAAAAUUGAAAGAUGUUGAAAGACAUCAAAAAAAUAGAAUCGAAAGUUUAGAAAAGGAAAUUAGAUCCUUACGAUUUAAGACAAGACCUCUUCAAGUUCAUCCUAAAGAUGGUGAAGAACCUUUACAACCAGAUAGUACAGUUGAAAUUUUACCACCAGAUGAUUUAUUAAAUGAUGAUGAACGAUUGUUCAAAAAUAUCGAAUCUAUAAUGCCGACAACUCAUCUGUAUGGACCUGAUGUUUUUACUAUUGAUAAAAUUAAACGAAUCGUACACACAUUUAUGAUACGAAAUUUUAGCAAACAAAUUAUGCCAGAAGAUUCAAUGAGAAAAUAUAUUGAAAAAAUUUCAAAAUUUCUUGGAUAUGUUGCAAAAAAUUUUGAAUGUGAUGACAUGGAAAAGGUUAUGGAAUGUAUUGUUGAACAAUUUCAAAAUAUUGUACCAAAAAAGUAUCUUUUACAUGUUCAGCCACAGCAAAUUAAAGAUCUCUUUAAUGAAGUUGUUAGCGUGUUUCGCUAUGAAAAAAUUGAAAUUAACGUUGAAGAAGUUAUUGUUGGAAUUGUAAGUAAUUCGAUGCAAAUUGUUCAGCACAGUAGACCAAAACCAUCUAAUUUUACCCAAGCAUGGCUUGUCGAAAUUUUUAAGGAGAUGAUUGAAGUUCUAACAGUUGGAGAUCUUAAAAGAUCUCAAACAGUAAAUAAAUUAAGCGAAUUACUUUUAAAUUAUUCAACAUUCAUACCAAAAUCUAUCGAUUUGCAUAAUUUAGUGAACGAUGUUUUGGAGUAUGCCAGAUCCAGUUUAUUAGAUGAAUUCACUCAACAUCCUAUAAAAGAAUUUGCAGAAUUAUUAUAUAGGAAAUUAAAUAAUCCAAUAAAAUCUGAAAAAUCGUAGAUUAUUUAUAGUUUUAUUAGAUAUUUUUUAUAUAAAAAUGAACAUAUUUUUAAAUA